CGACGUCGAAGUCCGUCGGUCGGUCAGUGCAGUGUCAGUGGGUGGAGGCGGUGGCGGUGUACUAGUCACGCAGCUGUUGUUGGUUGGCGUCGUGAGGGUUGUGAUUCAUUUCUGUCAGGCGUAAAGCCUCGCUAACUUUGACCCCAAAAAGUUACUUUAAACCUGUCAAAAUGUUCAGUUGGCUGGGGAGAGAGGAUAGCAAGAAAACACCAGACGUGUUCGAGAGUGUGGUGGAAGGACUGCAGAGGAUAUACAAGACCAAACUUCUGCCGCUGGAGGAGCAGUAUCAGUUCCAUGACUUCCAUUCGCCUCAGUUGGAUGAUCCCGAUUUCACUGCCAAACCCAUGAUACUGUUGGUGGGUCAGUACUCAACGGGUAAGACAACGUUCAUAAGAUACCUCCUGGAGCGAGACUUCCCGGGCAUACGGAUUGGACCGGAGCCCACCACUGAUCGGUUCAUUGCUGUCAUGCACGACGAGAAGGAGGGAACCAUACCAGGAAACGCCCUCGUUGUCGAUCCCAAGAAGCAGUUUCGGCCUUUGUCCAAGUUUGGGAACGCCUUUCUCAACAGAUUCCAAUGUUCUUCUGUCAACUCGCCUGUUUUGAAAGGGAUCUCUAUUGUCGACACUCCUGGAAUUUUGUCAGGAGAGAAGCAGCGCACAGAUCGUGGAUAUGAUUUCACUGGUGUUCUUGAGUGGUUCGCAGAGCGAGUGGAUCGCAUCAUUCUCCUUUUCGAUGCACAUAAGUUAGACAUCUCUGAUGAAUUCCGAAGAUCAAUAGAAGCUCUGAGAGGCCACGAUGACAAGAUCCGUAUUGUGCUAAACAAGGCUGACAUGAUUGAUCAUCAGCAGCUUAUGAGAGUUUAUGGUGCCUUGAUGUGGUCUUUAGGAAAGGUUCUUGGAACACCAGAGGUUGCAAGAGUAUACAUUGGAUCAUUUUGGGAUCAACCACUUCGUUAUGAUGUGAACAGAAGACUGUUUGAGGAUGAGGAACAGGAUUUAUUCCGUGAUCUUCAGUCUCUUCCUAGGAAUGCUGCCUUGCGCAAAUUAAAUGACUUGAUCAAGAGAGCAAGAUUAGCAAAGGUCCAUGCUUACAUUAUUGCUGCUUUACGUAAGGAUAUGCCAUCAAUGUUUGGUAAGGACAGCAAAAAGAAGGAACUCAUCAAAAAUUUGGGCAAUAUUUAUGAACAAAUUCAACGAGAAUACCAAAUUUCUCCUGGUGACUUCCCUGACAUUAAAAAAAUGCAGGAACAACUUGCACACCAUGACUUUACCAAGUUUCAUCCAAUCAGACCCAAACUCCUAGAAACUGUCGACAAGAUGUUGGCUGAUGACAUUGCCCGCCUUAUGGCUCAAAUACCUCAGGAAGAGGAGGUUACUGGUACUGAGCUAGGCACAGUUAAAGGUGGAGCAUUUAAAAAUAUUGAAGAUACAAUCAGUCCAUUUGGAUACAAGAGAGGUGAAGGUGUUGAUGCAGGUGCUGGAGAAAUGGAAUGGGUUGUUAACAAAGACCGUCUUAAGUAUGAUACGAUCUUUGAUACAUUAGGACCUGUUGAUGGAAAAGUGACUGGUGCAAUGGCGAAAGCGGAAAUGGUGAAGUCAAAGUUGCCAAAUGCUGUACUGGGAAAGAUAUGGAAAUUAUCAGAUUUAGACAAGGAUGGAUUCCUGGAUGCAGAUGAAUUUGCUCUUGCUAUGCAUCUUAUUAAUGUGAAACUAGAUGGUCAUGACAUUCCAACAGAGUUACCAGAACAUCUUGUACCACCUAAGAAAAGGGAGAUGUGUUCCUUCAAUUCUCAUGGAGGUAGUGAUUGAGGAAGGGAUGGUACACAUAAUCAAGGUAAUUGUUUCUUUAGAUUUUGCAUCUUAAACUGUAUCAGUAGGUGGCACACAACACAAAGUCAAACAGUGCUUUGAUUAUCGUUACAGAGGUCGAACAGUAGAGAGUUACUUUAAAAUGGACAUGCAUUGGUGCUGCUGGCAGUGUCUUGUGUGCAUUUGUCAUGUCCAUCAUCCUCUUGCACCACACCUUUGAAAGCUAUGUAAAUUUUAAGCUAUUAUCUAAAGGUGUUUGGUAUCCACUGCUAAAGUCUUUCACUGAAGACAUUCAAAAUGUUCUUUUCUUAACAAUGACCAAAGUAUUGAUUUAGAUUAGGGGAAAAUUCUUAAAGAGGUGCUUCUUUUAAGUCUGAAGUGCAGUUUUAUUGUUAUGUUUUAAAUUUUCUUCAAAUUGUGCAUUAUUAAAGUGAUAGGGGUACCACAUGCAUUUAUUGAUCACUAUGAAAUUGCUUAUUUUGUACAUUUUUAAGAGAUAUGUACCAGUGUUAUUUUAAUCAUUGUUUAAAUUUAUAUUCUAUUGCGAGUACUGAGAUGUUUAAUUCAGUCUUAAAGUGCUUGCUAAUGUUCAAGUGAUAUAGCAUAUGAUACAUAUGUGCACCGUAUAAGAUUGUUCUGCACAUCUUGAUGUGCGGUAAUUCAUUGAGUUUUUCUAUGUCAAAGAUGUAAUUGUCAAGUUGCCUCCUAAAGAAAACAUGACUAUGUCUUUACUCAUGACACCUCGCUAUGUAUUUUGUUGUACUGUGAAGGCUGCUGUUUAUUCUGUACCCUAAUUCUAAUUGAUCUGAAAGGAAACCUGUUACUUGGCUUCAAAAGACUGAUUGCCAACCAAAUAUUAUUUUGGGUAUGAAAUUCGCAUUAACUUUUGUAUUUCAUCUGUAUUUUCGUACAAUAUUUUACCCUGUACUGUGCUUUCUAACAGCAUUCCCUGUAGUAGUACAUUUAAGUGCAUUUCCUCACAAAUGUGUUCUUCCAUGCAAAGCCUUCAUAAAGUUUUUAAUUUCAUAAUUUUAUGUAUGGAAGAAACCAUAUAUACUUAUGAGAUAUUAGGAUAAAAAUGUACCAAGAAAAACAGAGUUUAGUGCAAUAUUGUAAAAUAUUAAAAUAUUUAUUUUAAUGUGUAUAAAGAAAAUACUUAAAUACUUCAAUAUCGUGAUAAUUGUGAAGCUUUUAUAAUUGUGAAGCUUUUUAUGAUAUUUGUUCAUUGAUGGCCCCCACCAAUAAAUUUGCAAUUGUUAA